AUGGUUGAAGUCGCUCACCCAAUGCCGCUGGAUACUCUGUUUACGAAUCCCAGCCCAGACGUACCACGAUCUCGCUCGAUACUGUCCCGAUUCUCUAGCCCACUCUCCAAGCAUGCGCGGAAUAUGUUCGAGCUGGCUGUGGAGCCCGAGGAUCCGUUCCGAGUAUAUUCAGCAGGCGAGACAGUCAAGGGACAUCUUGUCUUGACCGUCACAAAAGGCUUCGACAUAACGCAUUUGGUGGUGACGCUACAUGGGUAUGCAAAAGUCUUCAAGCACCAGGUCACAAAUGGCGAAGGAUUCUCGAACAGCGACUUUGUCGUCAACGGGAAAAGCUCGAGAGGAUUCGAAUACUAUGGCAGCGGGUUGGCGUCGCUCUUCCAGGAAGAACAGAUCCUAUGUGGCAGUGGAUUUCUGAAAAAGCAGGUGUACAAGUUCGCGUUCGAGCUGCCCUUUCCGGCGAAGUCGAUGCCCAGUACUCUAUCAUUCGAACGAGGCGCCGUGUCGUAUAUGCUCUCAGCGACCUUGACGCGGCCGGUCACCAUGAUACCAACCCACACGGUCUUCAAAGCUGUCAAGUUCAAAGACUCAUUGGACGUCGAGUCAAUGAACACGCCAAAGUCGCGCAUAGUGUCCAUGGAACCGGUGAGACGGGGACGGGUCAAGAAGGUCAAAGCAACGACGUCAGUUGGGACUGGUGACACAUCAAGUCGAGGAAAGUUGACUCGACAGGACACCCAGGGCAGUUCGACGUCGAACACAGCAGCGCGUACUGAACCUCCGUUGAGUCCAGCUCCAAGCGAAGAUACUGUCGCCACAACAGCUACGACAAGUUCGACGAGCUUUCGGCAGGUCGAGCUGGAUUCGCAGAACAGAAAACGAAGCGACGAUACGAAGAGCACCAACACAUCAUCCUCUGGGUCUGCAGUAACAGCUGUGGCCGAGCUACAAAAGCACGGCGCGUUACCUGGCGACACGAUACCUAUUCGAGUAUUUAUCACGCAUACGAAGCCCUAUGUCAAAGGCCUUGUCAUAGCCACUUUGUACAGGAUUGGAAGGGUUGACAUGCAUCCUGCAAUUCCUCUUGCCAAUCUUGGCAAGCACAAAAAGGCUGAGUACGAGGAUGUCUACCCAAAGUCGAAGACUGGUCUGGGAGGACUGUACUUCGCCUCUUCGUCCCCGAGUAGUGUCUUUAGGAAAGACCUGUCGCAAACAUCGACCAUCAUGGUCAUUGAUCCGGGCACACUCACAUCAGAUAUCAAGACCAGCAUACGAGUACCCGAAGAAGCAUUUCCGACCAUUAGCAAUGUUCCCGGAGGGAUGAUAUCGUUCACAUAUCAUAUCGAAGAGUGGUUGUGGACUUGUUUGGCAAAGCCAACAUUCACCACUUCGAUGGCCAAUAGCAGUCAGCUGACCCACGAAUGGUCGAACAGUAUCCUCGACACAACUUCGCUGAGACGGAACAAGAGCGUUGCCACAUUCGAGUUCAAUUUGAUCAUCGGGACGAAGGAUAGCAGUCGUAAUAAGCGCCCCCAACAGCCACCUGCACAGACGGAAAUCCAAAACGACUCGCCUGCAGAUGAGCAGUACGACGAAGAGUACUACGAGGGCGAGGGUGAAUACUGGUAUUAUGACGAAAACGGGCAGGUGCAAUAUUAUGACCCCUACUACUACGAAGGCUACGAAGGUCAAGAUGGCUACGGCUAUGAUGAGCAGCAUUAUCAUCAGCCACCACCGCACGAGCAUCAACCGCCGCCAGCGGUCGAGAUACCUCCACCUCAGGCGGAGGAAGAAGUCGACGAGAAGACACGGUUGCGCAGACAAGAAGAGCUCCUGAUGCCAACUCAGCCGCCCAAUGAGGCCGGACCAUCGUCAAGUGCUGCACAGCAAGCGCCGUCAGCUCCUGUGCUCGACAAUGACGGUGUAGAGCCUCAUGAUGGACUAGCAAAUCCACCAACACCGGGUCCUCCUGCUUCAGUCGCGUCCGCGAGGUCCGUCGACACUGUGCGGCCAUACGAUGGAUCUCCGCCACCACCGCCGCCUGCCGGUCCGAGCGAGGACGAUGCGCCGACAGAGGACAAGCAGGAGCUGGAAAGGCGCCGGAUCAUGGCUCAAGCUAGCGUGCCACCAGCCGUGGAUUCAGCAGAUGAAGGUUCGAGUCAGCAGCCAGUCAUGGCACCUAGCGCGCCGAUGCUGUCGGAGGACGAUAUUCAUGUUGACGGGCACGGGCACGAGCAUGAAUUGCCGCAGUAUCAGCGGUAG